GUUUUGGAAGGGGGGAGUCGUGUUAUAGCAAAAAGAGGUACCGUACCGUUCUGCUGUGGACAGACCCCACGACUUAAACACCUUAGCUAAUUCCGAGGAGUCUGCGGGUUAAUUUCUGCACGCCUGGGUUCGCAUGGAGCGCCUUUAAUGAGGCUGUCUUCGCGGUUUGUGUCCAAGUGGAGCUGCGCUAACAGCGGCUUUCCUCUGCCUGUCAGACCGAGAUUUCAGCACCAGACAUGGGCAUACGAGCCCAGAUGUUUGCUAAAGUAACAGGCAGCGCGGUCGUUGACGGCGUUAUUCAGCGUGUUUUGCUCGCCAGCUGUUGCCGGCUGUGUUGUGGAGCCUGACCGGCUGCUGUGUGUCUUGUCAACAGGGCCGUUAACUUACCUUUAGUGCCCCGUAACGCUGAUAGUUGCCGGUUUUCCCACAGCUCAGCUAGAGACCCUAAUAUAGCUGCAGUCUAAGGUUGGAAAAGCUUUUAAGAGAGACGCUGGAAUCGAGCUUAGGGGGGAAACUGUGUGUGAGGGGUCCGCAGGAUUGCUUUAGCUAAGCAGGCUUUCCUAAAGUGACAAGCUGUGUCCCAGUCUAACGUGGCAGCAUGAGUUCAAAGGGGGGCGGUACUGCCCUGUCCCGACGAAACUACCGCUUGGCCUCUGACACAGAGAAGCCUAAAGUCACCGGUAUUGUCAAUGAGAAGCUGUUGAGUGACUACCUACACCAUGUGUUUCCUGCCUCCAGUAAGCACGGACCAGCAUCUGCAACAUACAGAAAAACGUUGAACUUCCAGGACCUCGGGGCCCACUUGGAGAGGCUGUUGUCUGAAGAUGAGCCUGCUGAGGAUGGCACGGAUCAAGUGGAGGGCCGACUCGGACCUUCUACUGUUGUCCUAGACCACACCAGUGGAUUUGAAGGCCUGUUGUUUGUAGAUGAUGAUCUCUUGGGGGUCAUUGGCCAUAGCAAUUUCAGCUCAAUAAGGGCUACUACCUGUGUAUACAAAGGGAAAUGGGUGUAUGAGGUGCUCAUCUCGUCUGAAGGGUUGAUGCAAAUAGGGUGGUGCACAUUGAACUGCAGGUUCAACCAGGAGGAAGGAGUUGGGGACACUCCAGACUCGUAUGCCUAUGAUGGCAACAGAGUUAGGAAAUGGAAUGUGACAACCACCAACUAUGGAAAGUCCUGGGCUGCAGGGGACAUUGUUAGCUGUAUGAUAGACCUUGAUGAAGGGACAAUUACUUUUUGCCUGAAUGGACAGUCUCUCGGUACGGCUUUCAGUAAUAUCAAGAUGGGUCCAGGUGUAGCGUACUUUCCUGCUAUCAGUCUCUCGUUUAAAGAGUCUGUGGCCUUCAACUUUGGCAGCCGCCCUCUCAGGUACCCUGUGGAAGGCUAUCUUCCUCUUCAGGAUCCACCAACUGCUGACCUCAUCAAAGCCAACAGGCUGCUGGGCUAUAUGAAGACUGUGCUGUCCACUUGUAUAGACACACAGGAGGAGAAACUCACUGAAAAAGACAUUGGCUCUUGGCAACUUAAAGGGGAGCCCACUGUCCUGGUCACUCUAGCACAUAUCUUCAAUUACUUCGCUCCUCUUAUGUGUAAAGUGUACCUGGUAGAAGAUGUACUGAUGAGCUUCCUGCUGGGCAUUUUGGAGGGGGGUGGCUCUGUUGAUGAGCAUCCUCUAAUCCAGCAACUACUAGACCUCUUCUGGCUGCUCAUGGAGGACUUUGAGGUGAACGAGUGCCUGAAGCAGUUGAUGAUGUCAUUGCUGAGGGCCUAUCGCUUCUCUCCUAUCAUACCUGACCUGGGCUUCCAGAUUCACUACCUUCGCUUGACCACUGCCAUCCUUCGCCAUGAGAAGUCCAGAAAAUACCUCCUCAAUAAUGUGUUGUUUGAUGUCCUGCGUUCCGUGGUGUUCUUCUACAUUAAGACGCCUCUGAGGGUCAAGGAGGCCGGGCUGGAGGAGCUCAUCCCCACCACGUGGUGGCCUACACGUUUCGACAAAGAGGGUAAGGAUGAGAAGGACCUGAGGAAUGAGACUGCUGAGGAGAGGAUGAGGCGGCGGGCAUAUGAGCGUGGCUGUCAGAGACUCAAAAAGCGGAUUGAGGUUGUGGAGGAGCUGCAGGUUCAGAUCCUGAGGCUGAUGCUAAAUAACAAGGACAAAGGGACGGGAGAAGCCUCUCGCUACAUUUUCCUCAACAAAUUCCGCAAGUUCCUUCAGGAGAACGCAAGCAACCGAGGGAACCCCACGGUGUUGUGUCCUCCCGAAUACAUGGUGUGCUUCAUGCACCGUCUUAUUACAGCUGUAAGGAGCUACUGGGACGAGGGAAAACGAAAGAACACUGGUGCCAUCAGCAGUGAAGAGGCCUAUGUCCCCCCUCAGCUUUUCUACAAUGGAAAAGUGGAUUACUUUGACCUUCAGCGGCUGGGAGGGCUGCUCUCACAUUUAAAGAAGACGCUGAAAGAUGACCUGGCCUCCAAAGCAAACAUCAUCAUCGACCCUGCAGAGAUCCAGGCCACCUCUAUGGAUGAUCUGGACGAGGAUGAGGAGAGCGGAGCUGCACAGAGGCCAUCCGGUGCAGCAGCAAUGGGCGGUGCCUUGGCUAGGCCGAGCUGGCUGAGUUCUCCCACAUUGGGGCGAGCCAAUCGUUUCCUCAGUACAGCUGCUGUCAGCCUCAUGACACCACGGCGACCCCUGGCCCCACCUGAAAAGGUCAAAGUGCGCACUCUACCUGUGGAACAGAGGACCGAGGAGGACAUUGAGGGAAGCCAUGGUAACGAUGGGCUGUUGCUGGGGCGACCAUUGGAAGAGCCCGACCAGCCAAUCACAGAAAAGUCCUUGCUGGAGAUCCUGGACGGGAUCGUGAUGAUGUAUAACCUGAGUGUUCAUCAACAGCUGGGCAAGAUGGUGGUUGUGUCAGAAGAUGUGCACGAGUAUGCUGUCGCCCUGAAAGACACAGAAGAGAAAAUAGCCCGAUGCCCCGGAAGGAGACCAGAUAUUCUGGAGGAACUGCAGAAGAGCCAGAAAGUGUUUGCUGAGAAGUUGAACCACCUCAGCCGCAGGUUGGCCUGGAUCAAUGCCACCAUUUACUCCAAGGAGAAGAUGCUGGACGUGUACUGGCUGCUGCGCGUAUGCAUUCGCACCAUCGAGCACGCCGAUAACACAGGCUCACUGUUCGCCUUCACCCCCGAGUUCUACCUCAACGUGGCCAUGAACAGCUACAGCGCACUCAAGAACUACUUCAGCCCCUCCAACAGCAUGGAUGAGCUCCCAGGCUAUGAGGACACACUCACUCAGCUCGCUGCUAUUCUCGCCAAGCACUUUGCAGACCCGCGCAUCGUGGGCACAGACAUCAAAGACUCAUUGAUGCAGGCCCUAGCCAGCUAUGUGUGUUAUCCACAAUCCCUCAGAGCAGUGGAGAGGAUCCCAGAGGAGCAGCGUGUAGCCAUGAUGAGGAACCUGCUGGCUCCAUAUGAACAAAGGCCAUGGGCUCAGACCAACUGGAUCCUGGUCCGCCUGUGGAGGGGCUGUGGUUUUGGCUACAGAUACACUCGGCUGCCCCACCUGCUGAAAACUAAACCUGAGGAUGCCAACCUGCCCAGCCUGCAGAAGCCUUGCCCAUCCCUUCUGCUCCAGAGGCACAUGGCGGAGCUCCUGAGUCAGGACAAAGACAUGGCCGCUAGCUUCCUCAACAGCGUCCUCAACCAGCUCAACUGGGCCUUCUCAGAGUUCAUUGGCAUGAUCCAGGAGAUCCAGCAGGCGGCGGAGCGUCCGGAGCGCAACUUUGUGGACACGAGGCAGCUGAAGGUGUGCGCCACCUGCUUCGAUCUGUCAGUCAGCCUGCUGCGGGUGCUGGAGAUGACAGUCACUUUGGUGCCAGAGAUUUUCCUGGACUGGAACCGCCCCUCGGCCGAGCUGUUGCUGCGGCGACUGGCUCAGCUGCUGAACCAGGUGUUGAAUCGAGUGACUGCCGAGAGAAACCUCUUCGACCGGGUGGUCAACCUUCGUCUCCCAGGGCUGGAGAGUGUGGAUCAUUACCCCAUAUUGGUAGCAGUUACGGGAAUUCUUGUGCGCGUCCUGGUCGACUCGGACAGACAAGGGAUUGCUCGAGCAGCCUCAGUGUUGUUGUCUGACCCUUGUUUCCAGCUGCAUUCUAUCCAGCACCUGCUCGGUGAGGGAGAGGCCAGUGCAGCUGGAGCUGACCACAAACACUUCUCCCUACAUGCCUACACAGACUACAUCAGUGCAGAAGAGGAGCAGAAGGUGGAACAGAUGCUUGCCUUCUUGACAGAGGAAUCCAAACAAGCUGCGGCCACAACAGCGCCUACCAGUGAAGAUGACCUGUGUCCCAUCUGCUAUGCACACUCCAUAUCGGCCAUCUUCAAGCCCUGCUCCCACAAGUCCUGCAAAGCCUGCAUCAAUCAACAUUUGAUGAAUAACAAGGACUGCUUUUUCUGCAAGGCCACUAUCACUGGAGUGGAAGAUUACAGCAAGCCUGCUGGCUCUUAGCAUGCCCUUCAUCAGACAUGCAAAUACACUCAUACACACACACACACACCACAUACACACACAGCCUUUGUGAACUGACAGUCAACACAUACCCACAUCUCCAAAGACUUCACGUGCACUCCUAUCCCUACACAUACGGUACUGUGCGCAAGUCAGAGACCACCCUUCAUUUAGUUGAUUUCCAGUCAAAAUGCCCAUAAAAGGUAGAGAGAAAAUGGAAUUCCUGACAACCGUGCAAGACCUGGUAGACACCAACACUGUCCCUAUCAGAUAAGCAGAACUUAAAGCUUUCAUCUUUGACAGAGAGGAGAAAAUCAAGCGCUACUCUUGAUUCACAGGUAUUUCUGUCCAUCCUUCCACUGUGAGAAGACAACUCAGCACUAUGUGUCUAAAUGGAUGAGUAGCUGCAAAGAAGUCCUUACUGACAAAGAGCAGAGAAGCUGCUCAGAACAACAAACUGGCCACCCCAGAGUCUAGAGCUCAACUGGACUCUGGGGUGGCCAGAGUCUUGGAUUACUUGGAUGGUGAAAAGACUGAACUUUGGUGUGGAAAAAUAUCCCUGCAGAUUUCUUUGAAAAACUGAAUGCAAAUCUCCUGAAAAGAACAGAAGCUGUAAUAAAGGUAAAGAGUGGACAAAUAUAUUAGGUUGUGUAAUUUUAUGUUAAAUAUAUUUUCUGCCUUUUUCCUGAUAAUAGAAAAUGAAUUACUUGUACUCAGUGGCUAUUUUGGCUGGAAAUGAAAAACAAAUUAAGGGUGGUCUCUGACUUUUGCAGAGUCCUGUGCACACAUGCUGGACACAUUCUUUUUUCCUCUUCGCACAUGCCCUAUGAACCAGCAAACCCAUCAAAAGCACCUGAUGGGACCACAUGCAGUCAAAUCCUCAUGUAAAAGUAAAAGCACCUCUUUUGCACAUGGUCCAUCAGCAUGUCCUUCUUCAACACUGGACUGUGACUUCAAGACAGGCCGUGCAGAUUCUUCCUAGCGUUUGUAGGUUGAUGGCUGAGUCACUACACGGCAUGGAGCUUGGUGCUUCAGUUAGCACCAGGUGGCGGAGGUCUGCUCCUCCAUCAUGAAGAGGGAAGAGGGGCCAGCCAGAGACAGACGCCAAGAUCAAUUCUCAUAGCCCAGUCAGAUGGACCUGUUCAUCUUUUUUCCUCCUUUCCUCUGUUCUGUCUCCCUGGACACUGGUCACCAUUGGCACUACACCUGCACCCAUAGGCCAUAGAUAUUAAUCAGGAACGCAGGUGCCCAAAGCUUUUUGAAACUCAUCUUGAAACCUGUCACUUUUAACACUCACUAUCUGUACUUGAUAACAUUUUUUAUAUUCAAAAACUGACAGCCAUAUUUGAAGUGGCAAUAUCUAGUAGUUCCUACAAAGAAGGCUAGGAAUAACAUGAAAAUUGUGGAUGGAUAUUGGAAAAAAAAAAGAAAAAACAAACUCUGUGCUUUGAAGUGCAGCUACGUUAAGCUGUUGUGUGUGACACUUACUCACAUCAUGUUAUUAACACUUCAUUACAGCUUUAUUAAUGCUUUAUAAAGCAACAUGCAGUGCAGAGGUCUUAAUCAGAUUUAAAGGAAUACUCUAAUGUUUUUGACCUAAUCUAUAUCUGUAUCAUACUGUAGAUAAUCACAAACAGUAAUUGAGGUGCAUUUACCUGUACUUACAAACAGAAAACCCAUUGAUGUGAAACACAGUUAUAAUAGAAACCACUGGGUAGUUGCUUUAAUGCAUGACUACAUCGAUUGUACUUUAAAGUACGUCAUAAUUCAAAUCAGACAUGUCAAACUGGGGACCUUCCAGGCCAAAGUGCCACGGAGAUUAGCGUUCACCCUCAUCUGACGACCUGUAUUCAGUUCAUGAAGGCCUUGCUAAUGAGCUGAUGGGCUGAAUCAGGUGUGUUUAGUGAGGCAGUGAGCUUAAGUCUGUGGUGUUUUGGUCCGCGAGAACUGAAGCCUGACGCGUGAUUUAACUACAAUCUAUUUUGGAUAAUAGUUGUUAAAUAUGUGAAGGCAGUAUUGUUAUGCCAGGGAAACAGCUAAAAAUGGCAUAGAAACAUCCCUGAGCCUCCCCACUAAUUAAGAAUUUAUGAAUAUACAAAUUGUAAGUGCCCCCUUGUCUCUCAGUUUCCAAAACCCACCCCUUCCCCCCUUUACCCUGCACACUGUGCUUCCUUUCACAAAUGUCAGUCAAAAUUAGAUUGUUUUAUUAAGCUUCUAAGUGAAAAUAAUCUUCUACAGAGAACCUUCUGCAAAGUUCAAUGCACAAUUACUGUUUAUUUGCUGUAUUUAACAUAUUGCCUGUGCAAAGGUUUUCAUAUUUCAUGUUUUUUUUUU